AUUGUAUUUACAUCAGUGUGACAGAUACCCUCGACCGUAUCGGACGUAUUUCGUCUAAACGAAAUGGCGCGAAUAUUAUCGUAAAAUAUAAGUUAAUUGCUAAAACUCAAAGCGUUUGUGAUGACUGGAACAUUAAAUUAUACGAUACGUGUGAUUGUAAUGACAACUUUGUAUUAUACUUUAAUAACUGUGUUUAAAGAAAUCAAGCGUUACCUGACCGUUGAAUCAGCGGACUCACAAUAACAUUGGAUUGUUUAACUGAAGUGAAAAUUUGAUCUGUAAAAGAUGGCUGAUUCCGACGUUUUUAACGCUACAAUUGAUAUCACAAACGUGCAACAAAGCGAAUUGUCAAAAUUCUCGCCAACACUGCUUACUUUCGCUGCCAUAGUCACUGGUAUCAUAAUGAUCAUCGGUUUAUUUGGCAACCUUCUCACUGUUGUAGCUCUCUUGAAAUGUCCGAAAGUAAGAAACGUCGCCGCUGCGUUCAUAAUAAGUUUAUGCAUUGCCGACUUCCUCUUCUGUGCCAUGGUUUUGCCUUUCGCCAUAUCCGGCUUCUGGACGAGAACUUGGUCCCAUGGGGGGGCUCUUUGCAAACUCGUGCCGUUCCUCAGAUAUGGAAAUGUAGGAGUAUCUCUCUUGAGUAUCGCUCUGAUUACUUUAAACAGAUAUAUCAUGAUAGCCCAUCACAGCUGGUACGGGCGAGUCUACCGCAAGCACAACAUAGCGCUAAUGAUAAUCUUCUCGUGGAUGUUUUCUUAUGGGAUGCAAAUACCUACUCUCAUCGGAGUCUGGGGUAAAUUUGACUAUGAUCCAGAGCUGGGAACCUGUUCUAUAGUUACCGAUGAAUUUGGACGUUCAGCUAAAACUGCGCUGUUUGUUAUCGCAUUCAUAGUGCCAGCCUUACUCAUUUUUAUCUGCUAUGCAAGAAUAUUUUGGGUUGUGCACAGUUCAGAGCAAAGGAUGAGAGAACACCAGCGCUCUCAAAGCACGAAUGCUGGCAGCCUCAAUAAUGACAAACGUUCUACAAUAAAGGACACACGGGAAACGAAGGCUCGUCGUAACGAGUGGAGGAUAACGAAGAUGGUCCUUGCCAUAUUCCUUUCGUUCCUUGUUUGCUACCUUCCCAUCACUAUCGCGAAGGUCGCCGAUAGUCACGUACAUUUCCCUGUAUUCCACAUAGCGGGCUACCUCCUGCUGUACGCGAGCGCGUGUGUGAAUCCCAUCAUCUAUGUUAUAAUGAACGCUCAGUAUCGUGCUGCUUACAAGGCUGCUCUGUGCUGCUCGCUGCCUUCGCCCUCCAGCGAAAUGGAAAGAGCGUCACGGGUACAGCUUCAGCAACACACGAACGGUUUUAAGCCAAGUGUCGUUGGGGGAGUCUCGGGCCGACCAUCGGGGAUCAAUGACAUCAGGAAGAUAGAGCAUGGAUCCAGAUCGAGCUUCGGGCCCAAGAACGAGACGGCUACCAGCGGUUUAGGGUCCCAAAGGAACCUGAAAAUAACGAGAUUUGACUUAGAUUAAUAUGUCGCUUUUUAGCACGGCUCACCAAAGAUAUUUUAUAGCACUCUAGUGAUUACGUUUAUAUAUUUAAAAAAAAAAUGCACUGUGCACGCCAUAUUAAAAAAAAUAAGCUUCAAUAUAAUUAGAACCGGAUAUAAAGAUUUUUUUAACUUCUGAUCUGAUUAACUUGAAAGGAAAUAAAAAUUCAUUUGUGUUAAGUAAAAGACAAUGUAUGAGUAACUCAUCCGUCCACUAAAAAGCGACAAUAUUAAUUUUUAUAUACGUAUAAAUAAGUGUCUUUUAUAAUAGAUAUAAUAUUGUGCAAACCUAAAAGGUUUAUUUGUAUAAAUUUGUUACAGGUUUAAUUUAAUAACAAUUGUAGCUCUAGAAAUUUUCUCAAAAACCGUAUUUUAUCAAUUUUCCAUUUUUCCCUCUAAAUUUCAGAUAGGCAACCAUUGAUAAAACAAGAUGCAUUCCAAUUAACAUAUCAAUACCUCAGAAAUCGCAAUACGAGUACAUUCCGAUAAAUUAAUUUUUUUGGUAUAUGAUAAUUGACCAAAGAUUACGUGUAUGUUUUAUCUGUAUAUAAAAUUAUAAUGUUACCAUGUUUUAAAAUGACAAUGAAUGACAUAUCUAUUUUAUAAGGAUGUAUGAAAUUGACUUUGACAUUACGAUUAAUGUAUAAAAUAUAUUCUUAUUUAAGAACAGCUACUGUUGCAAUGAAUUUAUAUGUACAUUUAAGUAUUAUGUUACUUUCAACAGUAUUUCAACUACUUAUGAAACUGAUAUACUUUUAAUGUAUUUUUUUCUUGUGAUUUUUCUUUUUCUUUUACUACUUUAGUUACAAUGCCAUAUUAUAUUUAAGUAACCUCCGAAACUUUCCAAAUAGUUGUAAUUUAGGUACGAAUAUUAUUUAUUUUGUUUUUUGUAGUCAUAGAGAUAUUGUUAAAUAAAUAAAUAUUAAAAAUG